CUGUAGGAGUUUCUGAAUCAGCGCAGGCCUUCUGCCGGCCGCCAGCGGGCGGGCGGGCAGCGCAGAAAAAAAGGGGAGGAAAAGUGUGUUUACACAGACGGUAAACCACCAGGGGAAUCGCAGGGGGAGAGGAAGUCAGCCGGCUAUGUGUCUGCCUUCUCCAACUUCCUGCUCAGAAGAAGAAAAAAGCCCAGGAUCCUAUUUCAGUCCGGCACAAGCGUGCAGAGCAGGAGUAAGCAUGGAAAAACAAGGACUCAGGCAAGCUUCGCCCUGAACUUUCACGGAGAAAGAAAAAAGAGCAACUCGGACGGAGAUCGAAGGCAUGGACAGCGCCAUCACUCUGUGGCAGUUCCUGCUGCAGCUGCUGCUAGACCAGACUCACAAACACCUGAUAUGCUGGAUGUCCACAGACGGCGAGUUCAAGCUGCUCAAAUCUGAGGAAGUGGCCAAGCUGUGGGGGCUCCGCAAGAACAAGACCAAUAUGAACUACGACAAGCUGAGCCGGGCCCUGCGCUACUACUAUGACAAGAACAUCAUCAAGAAGGUGAUUGGCCAAAAGUUUGUGUAUAAGUUCGUUUCCUUCCCUGAGAUCCUCAAGAUGGACCCACAGGCGGUGGAGAUGGGCUUGGCCACUGGAAGGCUUCCUUUGCAAGAAGGCAAUGCCCAUGAGCUGGAAGCAGAAGAGGAGGAGGAGGUGGAGAGUGAGGAGGAGACACAGAGGAGGACCCAGGGAGCUCUGUCGCAGCCGUGCCGGAGCGACUACCUCCACUCAGGACUGUACUCAUCCUUCAGCAUCAGCUCCCUGCAGACCCAGUCGGAGUUUCUCCGUGCUCUGCGGGAGCACCAGGAAGAGCCGCGCUCCGUGAUCCGCUUCGGCACCAACAGCAACAAAAGGAGCUCUUCUCCUCCUCCUGUCAAAUCUGAGUCCUUUGUCUCCUCCAGGGCGUCCAAACUACUCUCUCUCCCCCCAUCCUCGCCGCAAACCCAACCUGGCCGAAGCUGGAGUCCCGCUGCCGCCAAAGAGGAGGAGGAGGAGGAGGAGGAGGAGGAGGAGGAGGACAAGGCGGACUCUGACCAGAACGCCCAGCCCCUCAACCUCUCCUCAGGGCACCGGGAGCGCGCCCUGCAGCCCCAUGAAAAGAGGAGCAGUGAUGGUAGAAACACUUCCACCGGCAGUAGUGCCAACCAAGGAGAUGGACUCCCACCUAAAAGCAAAAAGCCCAAAGCUCUGGAGAUCUCCCCUCCGUCCCUGCUCUUGACAGGGAGUGACAUCGGCUCCAUCGCCCUCAACAGCCCCGCCCUGCCUUCCGGCUCGCUCACUCCUGCCUUCUUCGCAGCACAGACUCCCUCGGGUUUGCUGCUGGCUCACAGUCCGCUCUUGUCAGGCAUCCACUUCUGGAGCAGCCUGAGCCCCGUGGCUCCCCUCAGCCCCGCCCGCCUGCAGGGCCACAGCUCGCUCUUCCAGUUCCCCAGCCUAAUCAACAGACACAUGCCGGUCCCCCUGCCAAACCUGGAAGGAACACCCUCCUCUCUGCUCCUGUCACCCACCACCCACAAAUCCUGAUCCGGUGAAAAGCCUCCAUCUUCCUCCUUCCGGGUGGAAAUUUUCUCAUUGGUUGUGCUCCUUUGUCGAAUUCUGCUUCAGAAAUUAGACCGGACCUCAUUCUCUUUUUGCACUUGAAUUGCUCUGUUUCUAGUUUUUUUUUUAAGCACUUGGUUGAAGCCAUACUCCACGUCGUCUGUGAGAACACAGAACAUUCCUGUCCUCCAUGCACAGAAUGACAUGCAGCUCCUUCUGUGCAGGACUGACGUAAAAAUCUAUAUAUUUUUUCUCCUUUAAAUGUUAAUCACAUGUGACCAUCUCACCUGUGCGACAUCACAGGUCAUGUAUGCACUAUGCUUCUCUGCCAGCUGUGCCUUGUUCUAGUAUUUUUUAUUUUUUGCUUUAUUUUGAAAUCUUUGAAUGAAGACGAGAUUAAAAGUCAAAGAAAAACUUUUCUUACUGUUUUUAUAUACUGGACUUAGCAUACAAUAUGUAUUCUGAAUAUUUUUUUGUAUUGUGAAGAAUGUCAUUUUCAAUAAAAGCAUUGAAUGCUUGAA